AUGCCCGAGCGAAACAUGGGAUCUUUGGAAACACACAUCCGUCUCGUAACACUGAACUGCUGGUCGCCAUCAAGUGAACUCCAACAAGCCGUUCUAUCCAGGCUUCUGCGAUAUCUGCGUGCACCAUUAGCUGCAUUGCAGGAAACACGCAGUGAUCGCCUUCUCAUUAGUAUCAACAAUCACGCCAUCUACUGCGGCGAUGCUGACGAAAGGAAAGUAGGAGUAGCUGUCAGGAACGACUAUAACAACCUGGUCGAGGAGUUUGGUCCAACGUUGUCAAGAUGCGCCUUUGUAGCGAAGGAUCAGCGAAAGCGGAUGAUGCCGACUGUUAAGCUUCAUCUCGAUUACGUUCUGACGAAGAACAGAUAUCCACAAACCUAG